GAUACAUUGCCAAAAAAUACCAACCCUUCCGGCUAAUUUUUGUUUUUUACUGCACUUCUACAACCAACUUGGAUACAAUUAAGUUGUAGAAAAAAGUAUAAACGUUACAUACUUGUUAUAUACGCAGCCACCUUCGUGCGAUAAGUGUUUAUUUGUUUCGGUUCAUAAUUGUAGUCAACGAGUGGUUCACAAACCCUGUAAAGCUCAGAGUAACUAGUAUCGCUGCUGAGGUGUGUGUGUCUCGCUCGCUCACAUGUCGUGUACGCUUGUUAGCCCCUCUGGAGCUCGGGUCCCCCUGGAGAACGGACGAGCUGUGAUUCUGGGCCGGGGUCCGGACACUGGGGUCACCGACAAGAAAUGCUCCAGGCACCAGGUGAAGGUGGUGGCUUGCUUUGCAGACCAGGAUGUGGUUGUUACUCAGCUGGGUCCCAAUCCCAGUUUCCUGGAUGGUGAGAAGCUGGGCCGGAGCCAGUCUGGUAGACUCACCCAUGGAGGCACCCUCUUCCUAGUUAACCAGAGCCACCCAUUUAAACUGUUCUACUCCCUGAGCUCAAAUGAUUCCACCUCCAGCACUGCACAGAAAGGACAUAAAGCCGCAGAUAAGACAAAAGGCGGGAGAAACGGGAAAGAAAAAGAGGCACAGUCGAGUCCAGACAUCAAGCGCAGUAUAAAGGAUUUCUUUUCUAAAUCUCCAAUGAAGUCAUCUAAAAGACAGCUGAGCCCAGAGAGUGAAAACCCCGAGGGGAAGCGCCAACGAAGAGACGAGGAGGCCUCUGACAGACAAACGAAGGAAGAGGAGGAGGAAAGAAUGGCAGAGGAAAGGCUCAAGCAGCUACAGGAGUUGGCAGAGAAGUCUAUUACACAGCCUUCAUCAUCUUCAUCCUCUUCAAAGGGCUGUCUAAAGAGCAGCUGGCAGCAGAUCAGCAACCUGAUGCUUUACACUGCUGCUGGUGUCAAGGGGAGUGACAAGAUUGCUGGGUUUGACAUAGAUGGCUGCAUCAUCACUACCAAGUCUGGGAAAGUCUUUCCCACUGCGCCAGAUGACUGGAAGAUUCUGUAUCCUGAAAUCCAGCCCAGGUUGACCAACUUGUUGAAGAAAGGAUACAAGGUGGUGUUCUUCACCAACCAGAUGGGGAUCGCCAAAGGCAAACUGAGACCAGAAGUCUUCAAGUCUAAAGUGGAGGACAUCCUCAACACGCUGCAGCUACCUGUGCAGGUGUUUGUAGCAUCCGGUCCUGGUAUCUACAGGAAACCAGUGAUGGGAAUGUGGAAACACUUGUGUGAGAAGGCAAAUGAGGGCGUGACUGUGGACAAGACGCAGAGUUUUUAUGUUGGAGACGCUGCAGGUCGGCCAGAGAACUGGGCUCCAGGGAAGAAGAAGAAGGAUUUCUCCUGCAGUGACCGACUGUUUGCUCUGAACAUUGGGUUGCAGUUCCACACCCCAGAGGAGUACUUCCUAGGCUGGAAGAGCGCCCCCUACAGCCUGCCUAAUUUUGACCCUAGGAAGAUUGACUCCACUGGAAGACUGUACGACCCACAGUCUGCCUCUCUCACCUCUAGCAAGACAGAAGUCAUUGUUGCCGUGGGUUUCCCUGCAUGUAAGAGAAAAAGGACAGUGUAUCAUCUUUUCUGUUCUCCCCUUCCACUAGCAUCAAUCGGAUCUUUUUCUCUUUCUUUCUUAUCAGCUGGUAAAUCCACAUUCUUCCACACCCACAUCAUUCCAAAAGGCUAUGUGUACGUCAACAGGGACACACUCGGCUCAUGGCAGAACUGUGUGUCAGCAUGUGAGCGUGCUCUGAAAGAAGGCCGCAGCGUCGCCGUGGACAACACCAACCCAGAUCCAGAGUCUCGCAAACGAUAUGUGGAUGUGGCCAAGGCAGCUGGAGUGCCGUGUCGCUGUUUCCACUUCACAGCCUCUCUGGAGCAUGCCAAACACAACAACAAAUUCCGUGAGAUGGCUCCAUCAGACAGCAAACACGCCAAGGUCAAUGACAUGAUUUUCCACAGCUACAAGAAAAACUUUGUGGUUCCUGCUCUUCCUGAGGGAUUCUCUGAGAUCCUUCAGAUCUACUUUGUGCCAAACUUUAAAGACAGCCAAUCAGAAACCCUGUACCGACAGUUUUCUGAGGGCUGAUAGGACAGCUGGCUUCAUAACACCUUUGACUUUCACAUUCUUACUGACACAAAAAAAAAAUGAGAUGAGGUGUAAGAUCCAACCAACAAGCAACAUAGAAAAACACACAAAGUUAGUCAGUAGACACUGAUUUCUGUUUCAGCUGAUGGACUGUCUGGGCUACCCACUGGCAUAUGUGCAGUGCUUUUAUGUCCUAGCUUAUAUGGAUAUUGUAUGGCCAAUGGCCUCUAACUAGGACAAUUUACGUUAACUAGACUUUAUAAAACAAAUCAAAGUAUCCAUAUAAAUGUAAUGCAUCAUGCAUGUUGCACAUGUUAAGUUUAGCAAGGAUACAGUGUGAGAACAAGAAUAAUUACUUUUUAUGUUGUGUAUGACAAAACAUCUUCCUUUACAAGUGUGUUUACUGCACCACAGCUAUAGAAAAUCAACAGUAAUCCAUUUGACAAUAAAGCUUUAGUAACCACUUGA